AUGGAAGCAUCACUUCAACCAUUGAUCGGGUUGUAUAGGCCUCAUAAUUUAGGAGGGCUUUACUACGGGCCAGAUGUGGUUAGGAAUCAGAUUCGUUCAGUGUUACGGUCUGAAACUUCGAAGGCUUUCAUCGUCACAGGCUGUUCACUUGCAACGAAAACGCCACUCAUCGCAGACCUUGAAACAUUGCUAGGACCAGAAAACCACGCCGGUACUUUCAGUGGUAUUAAGCAACAUGCAGGUGCUACAGAACUCGAAGAGCUGACUGAGUUGGUCACGCAACACAAUGCGAUUGAUACCAUUAUCUCCGUUGGUGGUGGCUCGCCAAUUGACAGCGCUAAAGCCAUCAUUUUCCGGGUUCAUCAAAAAACCCAACAAUGGUUGACCCAUAUCACAAUACCCACAACCUUAUCUGCGGCUGAGUGUACUAUAAUCGCAGGCUACACAGGAUACGACGGUGUCAAGACGAGUGUGAGCCAUCCAAAGCUUUACCCUUCAUACAUCUUCUAUGAUCCUAAGUUCGGUCUUCACACGCCGCCCAGGUUGUUUCUAUCUACAGGUAUUCGUGCCCUCGAUCAUGCAGUCGAGAUUCAGUAUCAACCGUGUACAACAAAAAUGCCCACUCGAAUGAUGACUUUAAGCUCCAUCUCAGAGCUCUUUCGACUACUGCCACAAUACAAAACUGACCCUAAGAAUGAGGAUGUGAUCACCGGGUUAUUCCUAGCGGCGUACGCGAGCUUAGGCUUUCUUGGUCAGAACCUGGUACCAGCCCUAAUGCUCUCACACACGUUAGGUUACGCACUCGGUUCGCCCUACGCAAUCCCCCACGGCGUUACAUCGUGCAUUACUCUGGGAGGAACUGUAAAGCUGGUGGCAAGGCUGAAAAAAGAGAAUGCACGGAAUCUUUCAGCGAUACUUCCUCACAUUGGUGAAAAGCAGUCGGGCAACAAUAUACAAGACUGCGAUAGCGUUGGAGAUCGUAUCCUGCAACUGGUAGACCUUUUGGGCCUUCAGACUACAUUGACGGAGUACGAGGUUGGGACGGACCAAUUAGACAUUAUCGCUGCAAGAUCUUUGCGACUGGACCCAGGAAAAGACAUCCUAUCUCAAGACAAGGAGUUGUUCGAUUGUGUCAGAGAGUUCGUCAGGAGCCUAUGGUGA